UUUUCCGCGGCGGGUCCCGCGGGUCGGUCCGCGGCGGAACCUUUGGAAUUUUUUGACAGCAAGGAAUUAAAGACGCUCCAUCUUCAGAAAUGGACGAAAUACAAUUGCCAGAUUACGUUGAUGAGAACUUAAUAGAGUACUUUGACGAUCCUGAUGAACUGUUGUUGUACGAAGAUUUGGAAGAGAUGUACAAAUAUGGCCGCUUCUUCUACAUGUUCAAGUCUUGUGUUGGGCCGACAACAACCCAAACCGUUGAUUUGGUCGGUCCGCUACUGGCCAUGUGUCUCAUCCUGCGGCUUGUAUCAAUGCUUAAACUGCCAAGACUCGUAGUCCAUUUAGUUUCUUUCGUUUGCGGACUGGCGGCGUUAUUUUUGUUCACUAAAAAGAACUCCGUGUAUCCUUUAACCAUGAGCGCGCUCGGCUAUGCACUGCUGUUCGUGAAGAAUGGAAACAGAGGCAUGGUGAUGGCGAUUACGUCGGUCGCGUUCAUUAUCAUGUGUGAACUUUUCAUUGUUCAAGCUGAAAACUGGCACCAAGUUCGAGGUUCAAUGAUGGUACUGGUGAUGAAGCUUAUUUCCCUGGCUUUUGAUCUGGAUAAAGGAGUGAUAUCUCGGCCAAAUAUUCUGGAAUACUUUGGUUAUUCUGUGUCAGUCAGUUCUGUUAUAUUCGGACCCUUCAUGACAUAUACAGACUAUUGUCAGAUUUUGGUGGGGAAAAGGAUGAGUUUCUUGUGGUUUCUUGGAGUGAUCAGGAGUUGUUUUCUGUCGCAUUGUUGCUUGAUCAUAUCAGCCUGUAUAGCACCAUGGAUAUUUGAAGAGGACUCAUUUAAGUGGUUUAUGGCAUAUCAAGCAGCAAUGUCCUUUAGAUUCAGUCAUUAUUUUGUCAGUUUCCUAUCAGAAUGUACCAGUUUAUUAAGUGGAAUUGGAACUGAAGUGAACCAAGAAGGAAAACAAAUAACCAUAUGGAGGUCUGACGUAGCACGGCCACAGCAUAUUGAGCUCCCUCGUUCAUUGGUGGAGGUAGUUGUACACUGGAACAUUCCAAUGCAUGUGUUUCUGAAAAAUUAUGUGUUUAAAAAGGCUCUGCCUCUUGGAAGAUUUAUUGCUGUUCUCUUUACAUUUGGGUUGAGCUCAUUGCUCCAUGGCAUUAAUUUCCAGCUAGCUGCAGUUUUGAUUUCUAUUGGAACAUAUGCUUACAUUGAGCAUGUGUUUCGCCAGAAGCUGGGGAGAAUUUUCAAUGCUUGUAUCUUAGCAAGAAAAUGCAGGCCAGACUGUGGACAUGUUUAUGGUGAGGCCAACUUUUGGGUACUUGCCGCAAAUCUUGGCUUUAGCUUUCUUGCAGUGUUUCACUUGGCAUAUUUGGGGAUCAUGUUUGGUAGUGACUCGGGAGAGCAGGAAAGGGGUUAUGGCAUGAAGCACACUCUAAGCAAAUGGUCUCACUUGGAUUUUGCCAGUCACUGGGUAGCGUUAGUGACAUUCCUUCUUGGUAGAAUCAUUGGUUGAUCCAUAAAUCAAUCACGAGAGACAGAAACCACCACAGCUGAUUUGUAGCUGUUGUUUAUUUCAAAAAGACAACAUAAUAUACAAAUUGGAAUAAAAUCAGAAAACUAGCCUGCAGAGCAUGUGCCAUUAGAGUAUCACAAAGCAGUGAUACUCAGGACAAAUGUUCUAAAAGGCGUUCAGUAUGCCUGUGCCGAUCCUUAAUUAGG